AUGUUUAAAAUAGAAUAUAAAGAAGAUAGAGGAAAAUGCGUUAUUGCAGUAAAUCAAAUACGAGCAGGAUAUUGCUUGGUAGAGUCGCAUCCCGAGAUAUUUAUUCCCUUAUGUGUUAAAUAUAUGGCUCCUAGAAUUAUUGAUCAGAAUAUUAAGAAGAAUAAUUUUAAGAUAAUAAAUACGUGUUUUUAUUGUUUAGAAAAAUUCAAUAAAUGUAUAUGUUGUCCUAAUUGUAAAUAUGUUGUAUAUUGUAGUGACAUGUGUUUAGAGCGAGCUUGGAAAUCUCAUAGAGAAGAAUGUGAUAUAUUUCGAUCUAAUAUAUUUGAUAGAUAUUGUCCAUCUAUAACAAUGAGAUUAGUUAUUAAUUGUUAUUUAAAUCAUUUUAAUUUUUAUGACUAUUGUGGUAGUAGUACAGAUAUAAGUAAAGAAAAAUAUGAAAGAUUAAAAUAUCCAGCAUAUAUAGUGGCAGUAGCACUUAUGAGUAAGAGGAAAAAGAUAUUUCACAAUUUUGAUAAUAAUGAAAGUAUACUUAAAAAUAUUAUAGAAAAAUUUGUUAAGAUAUCUAAAAAUAGUUUACAAAUUAUUGAUAAUGAAUUAGAACCAGCUGGAUUAGCAAUAUAUAAAAAACCUGUACCUUUUUUUAAUCAUUCUUGUUUAAGUAAUUGUGUUACUGUUUUUCGAAAUCAGAAAUUAUAUAUUAGAACAUUAAUGGAUGUAUAUCCAGGUGAAGAAUUAACAAUUAGUUAUAUAGAUAUUGCUUUUGAUCGAAAUACAAGAUUAUCUAUAUGCAUGGAUCAAUAUUUUUUUACAUGUUCAUGUAAAUUAUGUAAAAUUAAUAUAGCAUCAGAAUGUCAUAAUAUUUUUAAUACCGAAAUUGUAUGUACAAAUUCGGAUAAUUGUAAAAAGUUUUUAGGAUAUAUGGAAAUAAUACUUAUAUCAGAAUUAGAACGUAAACAAUGUUAUAUAAAUAAAAAUAGUUUUAAAACAUAUCCUGUUUUAAGAAAAAGUAAUAUUGAUAAUGUAUGGAGAUGUAUGUUAUGUAAAUCAGAAGUUGGUGAUAAUAUUAUAAAAGGUUUAGUAGACAAAGAAAAAGAAACGUUUAAAGAAACUGUGUACCUUGAAACAUUAUUUAAUGAAAAAUAUACAUAUGAUAAUAAAAGUGUUUUACAAUCAUUAAACAAAAUUAAAUCAAAAAUUGAUUAUUUAACAAAUUAUUAUCAUCAUGCUAAAUAUUCUCUUCAAAAAAUGAGAGCUAAAAUUUUAUAUAUAUCUAUACAAUUACAUGAAUUUAAAUUGGCUUAUAAUAUAGCAAACCAAUAUUUAAAAUCUAUUGAAAUUUCUUAUGGAAAAUAUUCUCCAAUAUAUGGUUAUUAUAUUUUCCUCACAGGGAAACUGGCUUUAUUCCUUGAUCUAAAAAAUGAGGGAUUAGGAUUAAUUCACAAAGCAAAAAAAAAUAUUAUUAAAACGUAUGGUCCAGAUUCUUUGAUAUAUAAGGAUUUGGAAAAAUUCUUAUAUACUAACAAAUAUUAA